AUGAAAGAUCUUGGUGAUGCCUCCUUUGUCUUAGGAAUCCAGAUACAGCGAGAUCGUUCUAGGGGUAUUUUAGGAUUGUCACAAAGGACCUAUAUUGAUAAAGUCCUCCAAAGGUAUGGCAUGCAAAAUAGCAAACCAGGUGAUACCCCUGUCGCUAAAGGAGACAAAUUCAGUCUUAAUCAAUGCCCUAAAAAUAGUUUAGAAAGUCAAGAAAUGCAGAAGAUUCCUUACGCUUCGGCUGUGGGGAGUCUAAUGUAUGCUCAGGUAUGUACACGUCCGGAUAUUGCGUACAUUGUUGGCAUGUUAGGCAGAUAUCUAAGUAACCCUGGAAUAGAUCAUUGGAGAGCAGCCAAGAGGGUUAUGAGAUAUUUACAGAGAACAAAAGAGUACAUGCUUACAUAUAGGAGAUUGGAUCAGUUAGAGUUGAUUGGGUAUUCCGACUCCGACUUUGCUGGAUGCCAAGACAGCAGAAGAUCCACAUCAGGCUAUAUUUAUCUAUUGGCUGGUGGAGCAAUUUCAUGGAGGUCUGCCAAACAGACACUCGUAACUUCAUCCACCAUGGAAGCAGAGUUUGUAGCAUGUUAUGAGGCAUCCAAUCAAGGAAUAUGGCUACGAAAUUUUGUCACUGGGCCGCAUGUUCUGGAUGAAAAAGUACAGAGUGGACAGAUAUCCAUAGAGCAUAUUGGAACAAACUCCAUGAUAGCGGAUCCGCUUACAAAGGGAUUACCACCCAAGGUCUUUCAUGAGCACACUGCUCGUAUGGGUGUUGUCUCAUUUGAGGAUAUCCAAAUUUAG